AGAAGAAGCAAAUAAAUAGCAAUUUCGACUAAAUAAAGUAACCAAAUCGCCGCCACUUCAACCGCGUCAACGUUUUCCGUCUUUUCCCGUGACGCAAAAAAACAAAAAAAAAAAAAAAACAACAAAAAUAAAAAGAGAAAAAACAAAAGUCAAAAUAAAAUACAAACAUUUGGCCACACGCUGCACGGCGAACAGCGUUGCCACUUGUUGAUUUUGUUUGUUUUUGUUAUUGUUUUGUUUUGUUGUUGUUCUUGUUUUUUCGGGUGUUCGCUUUGAAGUCCAAUGCCGCCGCAACGGGAACGCGGCUAAAUAACGGCAGUGCGACGCUAGAGAGGAGAAGAUCUGGCAUGCAGCUAGCUGGCUGGCCGGCUGGCUGCUCACACGCCUCCUCCUCUAACUCCGAUUCCAGCUCCAGCUCCAGCUCCAGCUCCAGCUCCAGCUCCAAUUCCAAUUCCGAUUCCAACUUCAAUUCAAAUUCCACACAUAUCUAUACGCAUCAGGACCAGGGCUACAGCUUCUAUUACAAUUCCUAUCGCAUAUCCUGAUCUCGUGCAAAUUCAACAUGGACGCCGAGAUAUGCAAUCCGCAAUUAUGUCGCAUUUGCAUCACAUCGCACACAAACUCUAUGCAAAUGAUAUCUAUAUUCGGCGAGGAUUCGCUUUGGCAAAAGAUCACCACAUUGGCGGAUGUUAAGAUCGCCAAGAAUGACACAUUGCCGCAACAGGUGUGCGUGAACUGUGCCAAGACGGCCAUCUCGGCGUGCCUGUUCAAGAAGAAGUGCGAGGAUGCGGACAACUUUUAUCGCCAGCAGCUGCUGAUCAAGAAGAUCGAGGGCCAUACGGGCGAGCUAAACGUCGACGUGACGUUGCUCGACCAGCCGGCGCCGGAUCCGCCGCCAGGCGCCGGUCUUCCGGCUAAGAGCGCCGGCGGCAGCAGCAGCAGCGCCAGCGGCAGCGGCAGUGGCAGCGCCAGCAGCAGCGGCGGCAGCAGCAGCAGCAGCAGCGGCGGCAGCAGCUCGGACGAUGACGAGGAGGAGGACAAUGCGAAUGGUGUGGCCGUGCAACCGGAUCCGGAUGCAGAUGCGGAUGCGGAUGGCAAUGGCAAUGAGAGCGAUGCAGUCGAGGCACGGCCCCAGAAUGGACACGCCAACAGCAAUGGCCAUCAGCAGAUCAUAGAGCAGCGGCGGGAGGAGCAGCCGACGCAGCCGAAGCAACCGAAGCAGGAGGCCGAUGCACUGCAGCAAGCUGACGAGCAGCAAACUCUGGCGCUUGAACUCCAGCAACAGCAGCAGCAGCAACAGCAACAGCAACAGUUGCAGCAGCAAUUGCAGCAGGAGCCGCACGAGGAUGGCGAAAUGCCGGAGCACAUGCCGUUCAAUUCGAUACGCCUGAUGCAGGAGUAUAUGCAGCAGCGCAUGAACAAGUUUCCCAAUGGCAAUGGACAUGUGUUGGGUGCCGGCGGCCACAACGAUGCGGAUGAUGACGAUGACGAUGACGACGACGAGGAUGAGGACAUGACAUUGCCCUUGAUACCAGAAAUUGAGCUGAUAACACCCUCGGAUCCGGACCCGGAACCGUCCGGCGGCAUGAUGCCCGGCAGCGAUACUGAUGCCCCCGCCGGCCUGGCCAAUGGUGUUGGCGCCGGCGCUGUCCAUGGAUCAGCCGGCGUCGGCGUUGGCAUCGGAGUCGGUGGCUUCCAGUGUCCGCACUGUUACCUAAUCUUCGAGAUGAAGCAGAUACUCAAGGCGCACAUGCAGAGCGUGCACGGCGCACCCGGACCCGUCUACGAGUGCACCAAUUGCCGCAAGACCUACUUCUACAAGCGUUUCCUCGAGAAGCACAUUCGACGUGGUCGUUGCGUCAAGAAGCGACGCAAUCAGACCCGGCCGAUGCAGUGCUCCGAUUGCCAUGUCCUCUUCCCCACCGGCCAUCAUCUGGGAUGGCACAAGCGCACCGGCUGCCCAUCCAAGGCGGCCAAAAUGCCCUUGCAGCAGCUCUUCAAGCAGAAUAUUGUGCAGUUCAACAACUUUCCGAAGCGCGUGGUGCCGCGCAAGCCGCCGCCGCCGCCGCCGGACAAUGCUGCACUGCAUCUGAACAAUCGCAAGCUGGGCCUGACGAACAAGCGCAAGGGACGCACUCGCAUCAAGCUGGACGCCAAAAAGAUCGCCCUGGCCAAGCAGCUGAUCUUGCGCGAGGCAACCACCACGGUGAUUGCCAACGAGCUGAACAUCUCGCGCACCUUCGCCUGGCGUCUGCGCAAGAGUCUCGUGAACGGUGUCAGCCUGCACGAGCGUGUCGUUGAUCAGGCUCUCGAGGAGCACCAGCACCAACAGCAGCAGCAGCAACAGCACCAACAGCAGCAGCAACAGCAGCAGCUCCAGCUGCAACAGCAGCAGCAGCUGGAGCUGGAGCAGCACGAACGCCAGCAGCUGGAGGAGCAGGAGCGUCAGCAGCAGUUAACGUUGCCAUAUGGCCAUCUGGGCCUGGGCCUCAUCAAGGAGGAGCAAAUGGACAGCGACGAUGAGCAGCACGCGCCGCUCACCAUUCUUGACCAGCUCGAGCCCGACGACAUCAAUGGCCAGAUCGAGCGCGAACACGAUAGGGAUCGAGAUCGCGUGCUCGAUGGCGAUGGCGAUGGCGAUGGCGAUGCUGAUGGCAUUGUCGAGGGCGAGGGCGAGGGCGAGAAUGAUGGCAUUGGCGAUAUUGGCGCCGAGGAAACGGCCGGCUAUGCCGGCGACGAUGAUGUCUGCGGCCUGCUGCACAACGGCUACGAUAUGCGCGCCCAGCUGGAGGAGCACAGCCCCCUGGCCGAGGGCGCCGAUAUGGAGCAUGAGCUGCACUCCAAGCGCGCCAUAUCCCUAUCACCGACACCCAUGUUGCCGGCACGCGCCGAUGUCGAAGCCUAUCAGCGACUCCUGGCCGAAACGCAUCGCUUUCCGCACAUUGUCAAUGCCCAGCAGCUGCAGCUCCAGCAACAGCAGCAGCAGCAGCAGCAGAAGGUCGCCCACAAUGGAACGCUGCCCAUGUUGACGCGUUAUCCGCCCGCCGUUGUGGCGGCCAAUCAUGCUUUGCCCGUCAACUUGUCCCUGCGCUCGCUGCCGCCCAUCAACAGCAAUGAGAGCAAUGGCAGCUCUGGCAGCAACCCGCAUCAUCAUCAUCAACAGCCGCAGCCACCGCCACCGCCGCCGCAGCAGCAGCAGCAGCAACAGCAGCAGCAGCAGCAGCCGCUGGCGCAGAUCCAUCAGCCUGGCAAGAAGCCGCGCAAGCCGAACGUCUUUAUUGAUGAUGAGAAAUAUGCCAUGGCCAAGCUGUUGGUCGCCCAGAAUGCGUCCACCAUGGAGAUAGCGCGUGCCCUGAACGUCUCCCAGAUGACGGCCUGGAAGGUGCGCGAUGCCAUACUGAAGGGCGUGCCGCUCUCCUAUCGCAACAAGCGCGCCGAGGGGCGUGACGAGGCGGCCGCCCUGGCUGCCAAGGAGCAGCAGCAGCAGCAGCAACAGCAGCAACAGCAGCAACAGCAGCAGCAACAGGAGCAACAGCAGCAGCAGCAGCGCCAUCAACAGGAGCUGCAGCGUCAGCAGCAGCUGCAAAUGGAGCUGAUCAAACAGCAGCAGCAGCAGCAGCAGCAGCAAAAGCAACAGCAACAGCAGCGACAGCAGCAGGAAUUGCUGCUGCAACAGCAGCAACAGCAGCAGCAGCAACAACAGCAACAACAGCAGCAGCAGCAGCAACUGCGUCAGACACCAGCGGAUACAUCACAUUAUCAGCAGCAGCAGCAGCAGCAGCAGCAGACGCCGCCUUUGAAUGGCGGAAAAAUGUUGCAUCCGCGUCGCCGCUUGAAGGCCGCCGAGCGCGAGAUGCGCGACAAGGAGAUCACACGCGAAAUACUCGAGCUGAUCAAGGAGGACAGCAAUAUACAGUACUGGAAGGUGUCCGCACGCCUGGCCGAGAAGGGCAUCAAUAUAUCGCCGUCGUCCGUCUGCCAGAAGCUCAAGUCGAUGGGCAUCCAUCGGCGCUGGAAGCCCGGCGACAAGCCGCCCAUGCUGGCCAUCAGUCAGUUCAAGGCGGCAACUGUUGCCGCUGCCGCCGCGGCGGCCACAUUGGCGGCGAAUGGCGCCAGCUUUGGUCUGCCGAAUGGCGUCAAUGUCGGCGUCGGCGUCGGCUCGAUGGUCGACGAUGUCUACGAGCAGCAGCAGUUCGAUAUGGGCGGUCCACAUUUUCUUAGUGCCUUUACGCGCUAGACGCCGAUAACGAUA